GUGUCCAUUUCUGCAACCCACCUUCCAUUCAACCAAAACCCUAAAGGGGUCUCACUCAAAAUUCGAUUCCUUCAAACCGAAGAGCUCAAGUUUGAGGCUUGUCAAGUUCCGAGCAGAUGUCUCCGACCCGAACUCUGGUAAAUUCCUAUGACGAGAAAAUUCAAGAAAUUCUUCGAAAUAGCGAAUAUAAAAAGAAGUUUGGUUUUAGUAUGGAUAUUGAUUCGUAUUCGAUCCCUAAGGGGCUUUCUAAAGGGAUAAUUCGUUUGAUUUCUUCUUUCGAAGAAGAACCAGAUUGGACGAUUAGGUUGAAUGCUUAUGAGAAAUUCUUGAACAUGAAAGGAACCCAAAUCAUCUGCUUGUGUAUACCCACCACCGAUUAAUUUUCAGGACAUCUGUUUGUUGUUUCUCUGCUCCUAAGAAGGAAAAAAUGAUUCACAAAAGGAAAAAAACAUGAAGAAGGAUUAUCUCAAGGGGUAUUUCAGGUGGGGAUUCAAGAAACUCUUAACAGGGAGCUUGUUCAGGUUCUAUCAAAGGCAGAGAAUGCUAGGAACUCCUCUCAAUGUGAUUCAAUGCUUACUGGUGAUAAUGCUGCUGCCAACACUUUCCCAUACAUCCUAAAUGUUCUUGGUUGAAUUGGUCUUCUGUAAUGCGAUCCAAUUUCAGGCUCCAUAUCCCAUAUUAUUUUGUAAAAAUGAUGGUAAGAUGUGAUAUAUAUUCAUCAAUUAACUAGUCAUGGCUUGUUGUUCUACCAUUCCUCUAAGGUAGCACUAUUAUAACAUUUUGCUAACUUGCUUCUGCUUGUUAAUUAUAUCAAGAAACAAGGAAUUGCUCGUGUUCUAAUAACUCUAUGACUGUUAUUUAUCAGGUUAUUUUGUGUUCUAAUAACUCUAUGGCUGUUAUUUAUCAGGUUAAGAACCCCACAGCCCAUGUUGAACACGAAGCCAGUACCUCCAAAAUUGAUGAAUUUGGUGCUGAGGUGAACAUGCUUAUAAGCUUAAAGUUUGGAGAUCUGUGGGACAAGCAGCAGCAGAUGUUUCCUCAACUAAGGCCACUCAUCCAUAUAUCCAUUUGAUUUUAAAACCCUUGGAAUGAAAGCGGUUGGAGUUUUUAAUUCUGCAUCGACUAUCAAUCAUGGAUUUGAAUUCUGUAUCGACUAUCAAUCAUGGAUUUGAAUGAUAUAUCUGUCUAGGUCUUGUGAUAUCCUGAUUUGAAAUGGGAACCAGUACAGGGUGAUGUGGCUAAGCAUGCAUGCUUACUUCUUUUGACAUGACACAAACUGGUAAGAAAAGCCUAAAUAUUGU